ACACGGGACGUUUUGCACUGAGAGCACCGCACAGCGUCUGUGCUUUUGUUUUGAAACACGGACAGUUUUACAAAAUAAAAUUUGACAUUGAAAGAAGACUUUUUUUUCCACCAAAGGAAACGAAUGUAAUUUGGUGCUGUUUGACAUGCUGCUGAAGAUGAAGCCGCGCUGGGAGCCGAUUUUCUUUGUAUUUUUGGCGACAUGGAUGACGGCUUUAUCUGUGACACGGUACUCUAUACCAGAGGAGAUGGAGCGCGGGUCUGUCGUCGCAAAUCUAGCGUCGGAUCUAGGACUGGACGUUAGUGAACUAGCACAAAGAGAGGUAAAGCUCGAUACGGUUCAUAACAAGAAAUAUCUAGAAAUAAACAAAAGGACAGGAGAACUUUACAUUGUUGAGAAAAUGGACAGAGAGUCUCUUUGUCACGGUAAAACGUUGUCUUGCUUCGUGAAAUUAGAUGUGAUCAUCAAAAGCCCAUUGCGUAUUUUUAACAUUGAGUUAGAAAUCAUAGAUAUUAAUGACAAUGCUCCGCAUUUUAGAAUGGAUAGGGUUGAACUGGAUGUCUCUGAGUCCGCAACACCGGGUGAACGAUUCUCUUUGCCUAAUGCGCUAGACCCGGAUGUAGGGGCCAACACAAUCAGCACAUACAAACUUAGCCAAAGCGAUCAUUUCACAAUAGAUAUUCAUUCUGGUAGCGAUGGCACUAAAUACGUUGACCUUGUCCUUACGAAAGCCUUAGAUCGGGAACAGCAUGCUGUCCAUAAUCUGAUGCUCACUGCUGUUGAUGGCGGAGUCCCCGCGCGCUCAGGGUCUGCCAGCAUUAUUGUCCGUGUGUUGGAUACGAACGACAACGCCCCUCAGUUUGACCGUUCAGUGUACUCUUUAAAUAUGAGCGAGAAUUCUCCUAUCGGGAUUCUAGUCACCAAACUAAACGCAACCGAUGCGGAUGAAGGCUCAAAUGCAGAAAUCACGUAUUCAUUUACGCUUUACACGUCUGAGAAAACCCAAGAAAUGUUCGAUUUGAAUUCCAAAACUGGGGAAAUAUCUGUUAAAGGCACAAUUGAUUUCGAAGACAUGAAAAUAUUUGAGAUGCAUAUAGAGGCAAAAGACAACGGCCCUGUUCCGCUCUCCAGCCAAUGUAGAGUAACACUGCACAUCACGGAUAUGAACGAUAACUAUCCGGAGAUAACCAUAAAGUCACUAAAGAACACUGUGAAAGAAGACAUACCGGUAGGCACAGUGAUAGCCCUGGUUGGUGUAAGUGACAGGGACACGGGAGAUAAUGGUAAAGUUAAUCUCACAAUCAACAAAAACUUGCCAUUCUUAUUGAAUAAAUCCUCAGAUUAUCAUUACGAACUGUUAGUCUCAGAACCUUUAGAUCGUGAAAUGAUUCCCGAAUAUGAGAUCACUCUAGUAGUGACAGAUGGAGGAACACCUCCACUAUCUGAUAAUGAAACUAUAAUCGUGCACUUGCUGGAUGUUAAUGAUAAUGCACCCCAUUUCCCACAGACUUUCUAUACUAUAUCUGUCACGGAAAAUAACUCACCAGGGGCGCUGUUGAGUUCUAUAACUGCUCUAGACCCGGACCUCCAUGAAAAUCAGUAUCUAGUGUAUUUCAUAAUCGAAAAGGAAAUAGCGAACACCUCCAUGUCCAUGCUGUUCUCCAUCAAUCCAGAGAACGGGAACCUUUACGCACUGAAGACGUUUGAUUAUGAGAUAGAGAAGGAGUUCCUUUUCCACAUCGAGGCCAGAGACUCUGGCGUUCCUCCGCUCAGCAGCAACGUGACCGUUCACAUCAUUAUAAUGGACCAGAACGACAACACACCGCUUAUAGUGUCUCCAUGGCGCGCGCACGGCUCAGUGGUGGAGGAAAAAAUCCCGAGAUCCACCGAUAAAGGAACUCUGAUAGCCAAAGUAAUCGCUAUUGACACGGACUCGGUGCACAACUCUCGCAUCACCUACCAGUUUCUCCAGAACACCGAUGCUACAUUGUUCAGCUUGGACCAGUACAACGGAGAGAUCCGGACCAUGAGGAUGUUCAGCUACAGAGACUCACGCCACCAACGGCUGGUGGUGAUCGCCAAGGACAACGGAGAGCCCUCGCUCUCUGCUACAGUCACCAUCAAACUCUCCACGGUGGAGACGGCGCUCAAAACCUAUGCUGACUUGACUGAAGUGCCUUUAGAGUACGACAUCUUUUCAGACCUGAACCUAUAUCUGGUGAUCGGCCUGGGCUCGGUGUCAUUUCUCUUACUGAUCACCAUUUUGGUGACCAUCGUGCUGAAGUGUCAGAAAGCGAAGCCGAGCAAAGCAGCUCCUCCCUGCAGGAACAGUGUGAUCAGUGAGAGGAACUCCACCAUCGCCGAUUCCACGCUGGUGUCCAACGAUGCCUACUGGUACAGUUUGUUUCUAGCAGAGACGAGGAAAGGGAAGCUGGUAGUGAGGCAGCCUGUGCCAAAGGGGGCGAGAUACAUCGUUUCCAGUAUACCCAGGAGUACAGGCCUGACCGAGACUAGUGACUCAGCUGCCUCCACUCUACAGGAGAUGGAAGAAGGAUCCGUAGUUGCAAAUCUAGCCACUGAUUUGGGACUGGAUGUAAAGACGCUGAUUAAACGGAAGGUUCGUUUAGAUGUUAUUGCAAAUAAGAAAUAUCUUGACAUAAACAAAGAGAAAGGCGAGCUCUUCAUACUGGAAAAGAUUGAUCGUGAAUAUCUGUGUCCGGCUAAAACUACUUGCUUUUUAAAAAUGGAAGUGAUUGUCGAGAAUCCUGUCCGUAUUUUUUACAUAGAAUUGGAAAUAACAGAUAUUAAUGACAAUAAUCCACAUUUUCGGCGAGAUGUUAUACAUUUGGACAUCUCUGAAUCCACAUCAGCCGGUGAAAGAUUUUCCGUCAGCAAUGCGGUGGACUCUGACGUUGGCUCCAAUUCGGUUAAAACGUACUACUUGAGUGAAAGUGAACAUUUUGACAUUGAAAUACAGUCUGGGAGAGACGGCUCCAAAUUUGCAGAUUUAAUUUUGAAAAAGGCAUUAGACCGUGAAAUUCAAGCUGUUCAUAAUCUGAUACUGACUGCAGUAGAUGGUGGAGUGCCCGCGCGCUCUGGUACAGCCAGCAUUAUAGUUCGUGUGGUAGAUGCAAAUGACAACGCACCUAAGUUUGAUAAGGAUAGUUACAUAAUAAAUGUAACAGAAAACUCUCCCAUAGGAAGCCUCGUUGUCAAGUUAAAUGCAACAGACUUGGAUGAAGGCUCUAACUCUGACAUUACAUAUUCAUUCAGUCUCUAUACAUCAGAAAAGGCACAAGAAACUUUCAGCUUAAGCCCAGAUACAGGCGAGAUAAGAGUUAAAGAAAUGAUUAAUUAUGAAGACUUUCGAAUUUAUGAUAUGGAGAUAAUAGCAAAAGACAAAUGCCCCAAUCAGUUAUCAGGCCAGUGUAAAUUAACUCUUAUGGUUACAGAUAUGAACGAUAACCACCCAGAAAUAUCUAUUAAAUCAUUCUCGAGCCCAGUUAAAGAGGAUAUAGCUGUAGGUACAGUGAUAGCAGUGGUUAGUGUGAGUGAUAAAGACUCAGGAGAAAACGGUCAAAUAGACAUUCAUAUUUCUGAUGAAUUGCCUUUUACGCUUAAAGAAUCAUCUGAUAAUUAUUAUGAGCUCGUGGUUUCAGAACCGUUAGACCGCGAAAAGGUUCCAGAGUAUGACAUCACAUUCUCAGUCACAGACAGAGGAAAGCCUCCGUUAUCAGAUAAUGAAACUAUGACUUUAGAGCUGCUGGACAUUAACGACAACGUUCCUCAGUUUCCACAGUCAUUCUACACCAUACAGGUUGUAGAAAAUAACGCACCAGGAGCUUUAUUGAGCUCCCUCACCGCACACGACCCGGACCUCCAUGAAAAUCAGUAUCUAGUGUAUUUCAUAAUCGAAAAGGAAAUAGCGAACACCUCCAUGUCCAUGCUGUUCUCCAUCAAUCCAGAGAACGGGAACCUUUACGCACUGAAGACGUUUGACUAUGAGAUAGAGAAGGAGUUCCUUUUCCACAUCGAGGCCAGAGAUUCUGGCGUUCCUCCGCUCAGCAGCAACGUGACCGUUCACAUUAUUAUAAUGGACCAGAACGACAACACACCGCUUAUAGUGUCUCCAUGGCGCGCGCACGGCUCAGUGGUGGAGGAAAAAAUCCCGAGAUCCACCGAUAAAGGAACUCUGAUAGCCAAAGUGAUUGCUAUUGACACGGACUCGGUGCACAACUCUCGCAUCACCUACCAGUUUCUCCAGAACACCGAUGCUACAUUGUUCAGCUUGGACCAGUACAACGGAGAGAUCCGGACCAUGAGGAUGUUCAGCUACAGAGACUCGCGCCACCAACGGCUGGUGGUGAUCGCCAAGGACAACGGAGAGCCCUCGCUCUCUGCUACAGUCACCAUUAAACUGUCCACGGUGGAGACGGCGCUCAAAACCUAUGCUGACUUGACUGAAGUGCCUUUAGAGUACGACAUCUUUUCAGACUUGAACCUGUAUCUGGUGAUCGGCCUGGGCUCGGUGUCAUUUCUCUUACUGAUCACCAUUUUGGUGACCAUCGUGCUGAAGUGUCAGAAAGCGAAGCCGAGCAAAGCAGCUCCUCCCUGCAGGAACAGUGUGAUCAGUGAGAGGAACUCCACCAUCGCCGAUUCCACGCUGGUGUCCAACGAUGCCUACUGGUACAGUUUGUUUCUAGCAGAGACGAGGAAAGGGAAGCUGGUAGUGAGGCAGCCUGUGCCAAAGGGGGCGAGAUACAUCGUGUCCAGUAUACCCAGGUGUACAGGCCUGACCGAGACUAGUGAUUCAGCUGCCUCCACCCUACAGUACUCAAAAUGAGCGAGGUCCCUUCCUGUGCUGGAGGCAUCCACUACCACCAGCAGCAGUUCCUCGUGAGGCCCCCUCCCACCCCUUGUUGCUGGAGUGAUGUUGAGAAGAACCUGGCUAGAACAGUGGACCACACCCACCCAACACCUGCCCUUCUACCUGGCUACCUGUCUGCACCUCCUUUCUGAACAUCUUACAAGGCUUCUAUUUGAUGUACUUCACAGCAGUUACUUCCCACUGGCUUUUCUCCUGCAUUAACGCUGAGAAUCUCACAGACUGGAUGGAGAAGGACUUUGCUUAUGGUUGUGACUGAUGGAUGUGCUUACAUGGAGAUCAGUAAUGCUACUCCAACCCCCAGUGCACAAGCUCAUGUUCUCUCAGAACGGCCAAUAUUUUUAUUUCAUUAAGAUACAUAUUAAUUCAACAUGCAUGGAUCUGCAUGGCUAAGGCUUUACUAUGGACUUUAAUUCUGCUUCUCAAAAAUCAAUAAGGAACAGGGGACAACAAAACCUUCAAAUGGACAUGGGUGGAUGCCUAAAAUACAGAAAAUAAAGAAUAAAAUUAAGGAAGGACAAAGAAGACGUUGGUAUGAAGAGACUCUCAUGUUGUGCUUUAGGUAAUGAACCUGAACUGUUUCUGCAACAUUUCUGUAAUGGAUGUUAAAUCUUUACUUCUUUGUGUUCAGUGGACUCAUAUUUAUGAAAAAAAAAUAGUAGCAAAGCAAAAAUCAUAAACUCAAACCAUUAUUAGAUAAAAAGGAACACUGUUUGGUGAUACUAAGUAUCUGUGUGUAUUGUACCACAUCUGUGUUGUUGUUUAUACAAGUAGUUUGUUGUGUAAAUGGUAAAGACGCUGAACGAGACAUGGAGUGCACUUAGAAACAUUCAACAAAUAUUUGUUAUAGUAGUAUUUUAUUUGACCUACUCAAACAUAAGUGUACGUUUUACAUGAUUUGUAUCACAUCUUAGAAAUGAUGUCAUAUUGACCUUUGUGCAUCUUUAAAAAGACAACUGUAAAGUUGCAUAAAUCUGUAAAGUUCCAGCAAUCACUCCCCUAAGUGCUCUGCUUAUAGAGCCUAAUCUUUAAUUAUUCAGCAGAAACAUUCUGCUGGCUACUGUCUUUUCAGUUGAAUUAAAACUUAGUAGUUCCUUUCUCUGUACGUAAAGGUUCUCAGUGCAAAUGUAUUGGUCUGUGUAUUACAAUCUAUACAUAAUACUUACUGGGUUGUGCAGCUUUAACCUUAUAACCAGCUUAAAGUUUUUCAAUUCUGGAGGUAAUGCAGUGCACACAUGGAGUCAUAUCACUUCUCCUGUUCAAAGUCAAUUUCUGGCCAUACAAAUGAAGACCACCAACUACCCUGCAAAUAAGCACAUAUCCCAGCACCCCCCCACGGCCCUGAUGGAGAAGUGGCUUAGAAAAUGGAUGGAUGGAUGGAUGGAUGUGUUGACAUUUAGCAGAGAGUUAUGCGGGGACUGAUGCAAGUGUUUUGAUAAUGGUAAUUUUAAUCAUGUUUUCAAAUCACUAUUUUAAACAUAUUCACCUUAUCUUGUGGAAUGUGUUACUUCAAUGUUUUCUAGGCUUGUACUGCAUUAUUCCUGUUCUAAGCAAAAGCAAAAUGAAAACAAUGAAAGUAACAGCUAAGUGAUGACAUUGUGAUGUUAAAUAUUUGUUUUCUUUAUACAAAAUGUUUUUGCUAUGUCCCUAGAAAUGUUCAUUUUUUCAAGAUAUUGAAAUGUUUAUGUCUGCUUGGCCUGUUUAAAGCUUUUGCAGCCUUAUUCAGUGAUUUAUCCAGUUGCUAAUUUGUGCCGGCUGUUAAAGUGCUUUUCUUUGUAAAUUAUUACACUAGCAGUGCAAUAUGUGGAUUGUUAUGUUUCUGUUAACCCCGAUUAUGCAGUACAUUAUCUUAUUAUUCUGCAGCUGUGCUACAUGUUCAAAAGUGUCAUAUUAUUUGUGAACAGUACUCAGAGCUUUCUUGGUAAAAUGUGCACAGACUUCUGAUGACUUCCUCAGGCAGUGCAAAUCAUGGGGUCAAGAGGUCAGCGUGUUUGAAGACACAAUAUUACAGAGAGAGAUUUGCAGAGAGGUUUUGGCUUCAGACAGAGUGUUUGGCUAUGAGUAUUCAAAAGCUUACCUUCAAAUUUUUACAGCUGCAUUCCCUUUUUGUGUAGGUGUUUUGAAGAUAUGUUUGUAUUUGACCUUUUUAACCUUGGAGUCAAAGGUUAAAGGGAGGCCUCAGUGUGGUCGAUUAUUCUGUAUGGUAAUUGCCAGAGAAUCAGAGAUAGACCUGCUUGCUGAAGGAGAAUGACAAAAGAUUAAUGCAUGCAUGUCUGUGUGCAUGUGUGUGUGUGUGUGAGAGAGAGAGAGAGAAGAGAGAGAGAGAGAAGAGAGAGAGAGAGAGAGAGAGAGAAAGAGAGAGAGAGAGAGAGAGAGAGAGAGAGAGAGAGAGAGAGAGAGAAAGGAAGAACUGAUAGUUCUGCGAAAGAAAGAAGAGCUGUAAAGAUGAAAACUGCAUCUAGGUCAUUCUCUUCUCAAAGCUUGUGGAAACAGGUAUUAUUAAUUCACCCCAAAUCCUCCUUUUGUGCUAUUAAAAUGGCCCAACUAUUUAUAAUCACCAGAAUCCUGGGGCAGAGAACAAGCACAUCUACAUUUUAGGCACAGAUACCCUUUUGCUUGCUUGCAUCUUUACUGAUCAUCUAUUUACAUAGUGAAUACUGAAGCGUCCCUAGGUUGAUAUAUUACAUAUCACCCCUCGCAGUCCCCUCCACCAAAAAGUGUCUCCUUUUUUUCAAAUUGUGUAAAUAUAACAUAUAAUAAUAUAACAUUUUUUUUAACAGUGACCAUGUAACCCAAUAAUUAGCUAAAUGCAUUUCUGUAACCAUGUCUAGUUGAGUUCAUCCUUUUUGAGAACAAAAUUGGGGAAGAUUCAACUUCAACAAACAAGCAUAUAAACACAAUUAUUAUUUUUGGGAAUAUGUUUUCUGUCCUUUAAGAGGGGAAGCUUGACUGUUUAUUUUAUGGUGCUGUCAACCUUUCCCCAAUCUGUUCUGAAAAAGGUAAUAGCUUUACUAAACACUAUGAUAUUUAGAGAGUGUGGGGCUUUAGGUUAAGGCUAUCUGUUGUUGCUAAUGCUGCUCAUCCUAUCAUUGUCUCUGCCACUGCAGUAUUGUACAUGCACUGGCCAUGAACUCCCAGUGACAUACAUGGCUUCAAUUCAACCUCAAUGAAUCUGUUCUGCCUGGGAGGAAUGUCAUCACAUUCUCUGUCUCUCUAGUUUACAUUCUAGCGCUUGUCUCCUGUCUUGUAAGAGUAGAAUAUCUUAUACAACAGAAAAUGCCUGUCAUCUGUCAAUCUCUAUAUGAACAACUGGAAUUAUAGCAUAUCCUCGUGGUAAUAUGACAAUGUGUUCGUGAUUAAUUUCAUGCUUUUGAUAAUAGUGGCUUGCAGUUUAUUGUACUGAAGUGAAGAAAUGCUGAAUAUUCUAUUAAUGAGGCACAUGUUGAUCAAAUCACUUCUAUCAUCAUGAGGACUGAAUGUCUGUGGAACUGAAUGAAGUGAGGGAGAAAAUGACUAUGAUAUUGCUAUGUUAGUAUAUCUUAUGGUUUUAAUAGAAUCAGAAGUGACUUUUUUGUAUACUUGCUGCAUCAUUUGUUUGCAUGGUACAGUGCUUAUUUUGUGUGUGUUGGGUUGGUGCUGAAGAUGAAAAUGAAGUCAUCUCUAAAGAUGGUGCAUAGGAAAGUGGCUUAGACACCUCACUCUGUUUCUAUUUUUUUUAUUUGCUUUUUUUACAUAUAUAUAAUGCUCACUACUUUUAACUAUUAUGCUUGAUUUCUAUGACCAUUGUGAGCUGUGCUGUAUCUACUAACUGCAAAUGAUAGCACUCUUUUUUCUGUAAAUAUAGAAGUGUGAAUAAAAUCAUUGAAAGGAU